AAAAAAAAAAAAAGGUACUGGAAUUGCAAUACAGGACCUUUCUGACUUUUAUUUAUUUUGUUAUUCCCAGUGCCUAACACAUACUAAUAGACAGUUUUAUAUAUUUUUAUAUUAUGGGUUGUAAAUGAAUGAAUCAAUUUCAAUACUAUCCCCUGUUUUUUCUUCAUGACACAAUACAGAUUUGUCUUUAUUUUGGAAAAUAAUUGAAUGCAGUUAAAUAUCUGGCUAUUUUAGCCAACAUGCCAAAUUUGUAUCAUGAUAGAGUUUUUAGAAGAUUUUCCCCACGUAUCAGCUUUAGCUUGUUGCUAAAUCUUAUUGCUUUAGCACCCAGUAGGCUAGAAAUAUGUCCCAUAAUAUUUUCCUGAUUCUUAUUCUUAAACAAUAGCUUCCUACGGUAUUUUUAUUUAUCCCAGUCUGUUUUCUCCCCCUAGAGACUUGUCUGCACACAUAAAUCUAUUGAUAAUGAAGGAUGGGAAGUGUUAAAGUCAAAUAAUUGAUUAAAAAAAAACUUGUUAGCGACUGGUGGCUUGACUUAGUUGUAAUCUUUUUUUUAAAAAGUAGUUGAAACAGAUUUUUGGUACACUUUCUGUCACACAGCCCUGGUAACCUAUGUAGCGUGUUUUCCAGUAAGUUGCCUGUAUUAAACUUCCUCAUUCAGUCUCCCACUAUGUGUGGAAUCUUUCAUGCACGUGUGCAUAUAUUCAUCCUUCGGUUUUUGUGGACUUCUGAGCAUUAACAAUUUAGUUGGCAGAGUUGACAUAAACCGUCUGGCAAAGGCAUGUGCAAACCUACUAAAAUACUUCAGGAAAGCCCUCUCUCAUACACAGUGAAUUUAGGCCACAGGUAAGUAAGCGUGAAUAGGUGCGGCCAGCGCAGCCGCUUAGUACGGGUCUGUGUUUGGGAGGAAUCUCCCCGGCUCCCUCGUGGAGCAGGACUGUGGUGCUGAGGCAAGAACUGAAAAAGGUGAGGGCGGGCAGCCUCAGCUAGGGAGAGCUGUGGGGCGAGGUAGAAAGGGCCGGUCGCUGGCCGCGGUGCUGAACACGCUCCCGGGCUGCCCCCCGGGUGGCCCGCGGGAAGAGGCCCGGCGUGUUGGUGAGUGAGUUAGCGAGUAACCGCCAGUCUCGCGCCUGCGGUUGUCGAUUCUUGGCUCCGGGCAGGGGACGCACAGGCCGUGUCCAGGAGUCACCUUGCGAGCGUAGAGGCAGCCUCCGACCCAUUCCUCAAUAGCAACCCUAGUAACAGCAACGCCGCCUAUAUUUAUUUCUGGAGCUCCAACUCUGUCCCCAGCAUUUGGCAUCCAUUCCCAGUGGUCAUCACAACAUCCUCGAAAUUUAAAACAAAAAGGUUGAUGCCUUGCCCAAGUGAACACAGCUACCCAAAGGCUGAUCUCUCGUCCAUGCCUCAGAAAAUGUUUACUGUGCGCCCUCGACGUGCCAGCCUUACAGCCUCUGCCGCUCCCCGUUUGACAGCUACCCCCCACGCCCUGCCACGCUAACACGCCCCUUAGCCCUUCCUCUUCCCCCGAGGUUUGCAGCAGGCAAAAGUAAUCUCCUACACAGCAUAUCCCCUACCACCGCCGAGUUGGGGAACAGUACAAAGGGCUGGAAAUCCGAACACAAUUUAUUCACACAUCUUGCCCCUUCGCUCUCAGUAGUCCACCGGGUGGGAUAGCCAAGUCUAGCUCUUGAGCCCCCAACUCGCUGUGUGACCUUGGACAAGUGGCCACACCUCUCUGAACCUGCUUCUCCUCGCUAACACGGCGAUAGGUUCUAGGACUGAGUGAGGCUCUUCCCAGGUGCGCACUGGUCUCCUUUCAGGUCGGAACACUCCCUACCUCCCUUUUCCAAGCCCGGUUGUGCACGCUUACUUCUCCCCACCAGGUCCGUAGCCAACUCUAUCCCUUGUUGAGGAAGAACUCACGUCCCGGGAACUGAAGGUGUUCUCCCCACCGUGCCCGGCCCCAACCCCGGGUGUAAUCUGCCCUUCUGGGCCACCCUAGCCAGGCAGCACCCAAGGCUAGGGAGAGGCCCCUCGCGCUCCAGCUUCGCAGUGCCGGGUCUCCUCUGUGCCCACGCGCCGGGACGCUUUGGGAAGUGCGAGAUGCAUCUGGAGACAGAACGCAAAGGCGAAGCAGGGCUGGCGGAGCUUCCUCGGUGACUGGUACUUGUGUGGAGGCCGGCCAAAGGCUGGGUUGGGAGAGAAGGACUUUGGGGGAGAGGACGGGGAAAAGGGGAGGUGCCAGAAAGAGCGGUGGGUCACUCGGUCCAUCUCUCCACCAGUGUGUGUGUGUGUGUGCGUGCGUGUGUGUGUGUGUGUGUGUCUUCCCGCCUCCCUCUCUUCCCCUCCUCCCCGCCCCAGACUCUCAGUCUCACCUUUUCCCUCAGCUGCUGCCUCUCCCCUCUCUUUCCUCUCCAAGCAUCCUCCCUGAGAGCCUGCGCCCGUUCCUCCCUCGCACUCUCUUGCUCCUGUUCCUCCCUCGCACUCUCUUGCGCCUAAGGAGACCUUUUCCGGGACCAGCGCCCGAUCCAGCCUCUCAGUGCAGCCGCAUCCCAAAGCCAGUUUAAGCAGGGCCGGCAGCAUGUGGAACGCGACGCCGAGCGAGGAGCCGGGGCCCAACCUCACGCUGCCGGACCUGGGCUGGGACGCUGCGCCUGACAACGACUCGCUGGUCGACGAGCUGCUGCCGCUCUUCCCCGCGCCGCUGCUGGCGGGCGUCACAGCCACCUGCGUGGCGCUCUUCGUGGUGGGCAUCGCGGGCAACCUGCUCACCAUGCUGGUGGUGUCGCGCUUCCGCGAGCUGCGUACCACCACCAACCUCUACCUGUCCAGCAUGGCCUUCUCCGACCUACUCAUCUUCCUCUGCAUGCCCCUCGACCUCGUCCGCCUCUGGCAUUACCGGCCCUGGAACUUGGGUGACCUGCUCUGCAAACUCUUCCAGUUCGUCAGCGAGAGCUGCACCUACGCCACGGUGCUCACCAUCACCGCGCUGAGCGUCGAACGCUACUUCGCCAUCUGCUUCCCGCUGCGGGCCAAGGUGGUGGUCACCAAGGGCCGGGUGAAGCUGGUCAUCCUGGUCAUCUGGGCCGUGGCCUUCUGCAGCGCCGGGCCCAUCUUCGUGCUGGUCGGGGUGGAGCAUGAGAACGGCACCGACCCUCGGGACACCAACGAGUGCCGCGCCACGGAGUUCGCGGUGCGCUCGGGACUGCUCACCGUCAUGGUGUGGGUGUCCAGCGUCUUCUUCUUCCUCCCUGUUUUCUGCCUCACUGUGCUCUACAGCCUCAUCGGCAGGAAGCUGUGGAGGAGGAGACGCGGCGAGGCAGCGGUGGGCGCCUCGCUCAGGGACCAGAACCACAAACAAACCGUGAAGAUGCUGGCUGUAGUGGUUUUUGCUUUCAUCCUCUGCUGGCUGCCCUUCCAUGUAGGGCGAUAUUUAUUUUCCAAAUCCUUCGAGCCUGGCUCCUUGGAGAUUGCUCAGAUCAGCCAAUACUGCAACCUCGUCUCCUUCGUCCUCUUCUACCUCAGCGCCGCCAUCAACCCCAUUCUGUACAACAUCAUGUCCAAGAAGUACCGGGUGGCAGUGUUCAAACUUCUGGGAUUUGAACCCUUCUCCCAGAGGAAGCUCUCCACUCUGAAGGAUGAAAGUUCUAGGGCCUGGACAGAAUCUAGUAUUAAUACAUGACCAAGCACAUUGCUCAGCAAAGUCAUUGCUUAUUAUUCUAAACUGGAAGCCAUAGCACAGCAGAACUUGGGAGGAAGUUGAAGGUUAAUUUUGGAAUUAGGGACACAUAGGUCUGGAAACAAUGGGGGGGGGAAGAAAAGACAGAAUUUGUAAUGUGUGAGCAGUUUGAUUUGAUUGCACACUCAUCAGUGCUCUCAUACACGAUUUCUGCAUAUUCACUGCCUAUGAUUUUUGCAUUCUGCUGUUGGUGCUAGCAAGGGCUCUGCAAUUCAGAGAAGGGAGGUGGUGUAGAGAGGGCAAUUAGGUCACUUCUUACUAGACAAAUUCUAACUCUGAUUUCUUUUUCAUAAUGGUAAAAUUUUUUUGAUUAAAAGAAUGACAUUAAAAUAAAAAAUUUAAAACAUGACUUUCAAAAACUAGCAAUUUUCAUAGAGCACCAGAUCAGUGCUGUCCAGGAGAAAUAUAGUACAAGGUACUUAAGUAAUUAAUAUAAAAAUUAUUAAUGAGAAUUUUACAUUCUUUUUUUAUACAAAGUCUUUGAAAUCUGGUUUGUCUCAGAUUUUCAGCUCAUCUUAAUUUGGACAUGGAGCGUUCAUCAGUAAUACUUGAUUUAUUGCGAGUUCAUAAAUUUUGCA